AGGAGCGCACGUUAGCAGCGGUGCGGCUCGCGCUCACUCAGCCACCGGUGCCAACAACAACCACAGAGCUUAGACGUCUACUUUACUUUUUAAAUUGAAUUUCCCCUUUAAACCUUUUAGUUACGGUGAACUUAUUUGCAGUCGCUGACAUCAGGACAGAUGACUUCUUUCCGAAGCUGAACGAAGCAGGCAGUUAAUUUAUUUUGAAAGUUGGAUUACAGCGAGCCACCUAAAGUGAGAGGAAAUAUUGCAUCUGCUAGAUGCUGCUCAGAAGAUGAGCAGCAGUGAAGUCCAGACUGGGGAAAUAAGCGGAAUCCCGUGUGGCCAAAGGCAGUGUGGCGAGUGUAGAUAAACCCCCCCUUAUGAGGUGAAAACCCUUCCCCGUCCUGCAGUAUUCCAUCCCGGCAGCAACAGCAGCAAUAAGGGAUGUCACGGCUGUUCCUCCUUUUGUCAAUGCUCAUUCUCUACUGCAACAUCCAGGUGUCUCCGGCUGCUACUCUGGAUAAGCUAAAGGAGAGUUGGAAAUUGUACAUGGAGGAGUGUGAUCGAAACAAUAGCCGGGAUCCACCAAGCACUGGCCUUGUGUGCAACAGGACUUUUGACAAUUAUGCCUGUUGGCCUGAUGGACUCCCCAACACAACUGUCAGUGUGUCGUGUCCGUGGUAUCUGCCAUGGUACCAUAAAGUUCAGCACGGCAUGUUGUAUCAGGAAUGUGAUGCAAACGGCCAGUGGGUGACUACGAACAAUACCAGCGAGUGCGACUCUAAUGAUCCAAGUCUGGAGUACUAUGGCCAUAUUCAGAUCAUGUAUACAGUCGGCUAUUCCUUAUCACUGGUGGCUUUGGUGUUGGCGCUUGGCAUCCUCAUAUUCUUCAGGAAACUGCACUGCAUGAGGAACAACAUCCACAUGAAUCUGUUUGCCUCCUUCAUCCUGCGAGCGCUGUCCAUCCUCAUCAAAGACGCUCUGUUGGAGGCCAACAUCACAUCGCAGGACCUUAGCAGAGACCAGGAGCAGGGAUUCCCCCAGGCAUCAAUGCCUCCAGUGGAACUGCUGGUCAACAAUGAGACAACAGUUAGCUGUCGCAUCGCGGUGGUGAUGAUGCAGUACAGCAUCAUGGCCAACAGCUACUGGCUGCUGGUGGAAGGCAUCUACCUCCACAACCUCCUGGUCAUCACAGUGUUUACAGAGAGGAACUACUUCAAAAUCUACCUGUGCAUCGGCUGGGGUACCCCGUUAAUAUUCCUUGUGCCAUGGGUUGUAGCUAAAUACCUAUAUGAAAAUCAAGAAUGCUGGGGCCAAAAUAUAAACAUGAAUUACUGGUGGAUCAUCCGUUCCCCGAUACUACUGGCAGUUGUGAUCAACUUCCUUAUCUUUAUCCAUAUUAUCAAAAUUCUUGUGUCAAAACUUCGAGCGCACCAAAUGAGAUACACAGAUUACAAAUUCAGGUUGGCUAAGUCGACUCUAACCCUGAUCCCUCUGCUGGGUAUCCAUCAGGUGGUCUUUAUCUUUGUGACAGACGAGUCCACCAAGGCCACUAUCGGUCUACGGCUUGCCAAGCUCUUCAUCGACCUCUUCUUUUCCUCCUUCCAGGGUCUCUUGGUGGCCAUCUUGUACUGCUUUGUCAACAAAGAAGUGCAGUCUGAGAUCCUGAAGAAGUGGAAGCGCUGGAAGCUAGGGCGGAACAUCGAGGAGGAAUACCGCCACACCUACAGCAAUACCCCCAACACCAAGACAGCCAGCCUGAUGAACCAUGUGUCUCGACUGUCUCAUCUCCCAGACAUCACCAAAAACUCUGCCCCGGUCAGCAGCCCUGAGGAGAGGCAUAUGCUUGUGGCUGGAUGCCACAAUGGUAUGGUCCACAGUAAGGAGGCAGGCCAGUGUGCAUCUCCACGGCACGAGGGAACCAUCAGCAACUGUACCCUAGUGGAGGACAUCAGCCUUACUGACAAGGCGCAGGGUUAUGAGGGUCAGAGGGAGAGUCACCUGUAAAAGCCACUGGUAACAAGAACUUCAUGAAGAACGUUGGAAGGUCUUGAGCCCUCAUCUGGCUCUGAAAUACUGCCCUGGGUGUCUGUGAAGAGCAGUCGUUGCCCAGAGAUCAGUGACACUGGGAGACUGAGCGGCAUUUAGCCCUCUCCACAGGCUGAGAAUGGAGAAUAAUACAGCACAUCCACGCUGAGAUGUUUAAUCUGCUGUGAGCCUUGUGAAUGGAUUUCUGUUGAUGUUUGUCAGACAUUGUGAAAGAAAAUUCUGCAUGUUGAAAAAUGUGACAACAGCAUCAAAGCAGACAAGCCAUGUAAAAAAAAACCCUCAAAUAGCAUCAACGGAAGCAAAACAAGAGAAACAACAACAGCAACAACAAAAGACACAGGAUCCUUGCUUGGUCCUUGCUUUAAUUUGUGCUGUGUGUCUGUGUGUAUUUUGUGGUAGCCUACUUGAGGUUAAAGACAAAAUGGACAUUGAACUGCAUACACAAAGAAGACCAAACAAGUUGACAGGGAACAGAGGAAAAUUCUUCUCUUUUUUUUUGCAUUGCUCUGAUUUCUGUAAAUGGUUUCUUGUCUAUACUGACUUUGAUCAAAAUGUACAGAAAAAAAAGACUGUUGACUGUACCUCUUACCCCAUUGGAAAUUGGCAGCUGCUCUCGCCAGGUCAGUCCUGGCUUACAUAUAGGCAUUAAAACAUGUCAAGAGAUGGGAUGGGAUGAGUUAUGAAUAAGCUAAUAGUAUCAUCGCUUGACUUACUUCAGGAGUCAGAUCAGUCUCAAUAUUAAUGAAUGCAAACAGAAGGAUUCACAAAUGUAUUUCAUGUUUUAUAUAUUAAUGACUCUACAAAAACAUUUUUCAGUGCACACAAAAAUAUGUAUUGUUGUAUAUAUAUAAAUGUAAAAUAAAUCCACACAUAAGAAAACCGUUGAACCUGCAUUUACAACCUGCUUCACUUCUUUUUUUGUGUGGUUUGUUGAGAUUGCCCUGCCGUGGCUCGAUUCAAAAAUGGAUUUUGUUCCUUUCACUUGCCUUUGUGAAUCGACAGAUCCACAGUUUGUAAAUGCUGGUUCAGCAGUUUAUAUAUAAAUGCAUCAACGCCCAAAUAUGUUAUGAUUAAAAUUGCAAAUACUUUUAAAUCCAUGUCCAAUCCAUGUAUUUUUGGACUUCAUUUAUAUUUAUUUAAAACAAGAAGUUUUUGUGUGUGCAUCAGCAAUACAUUUGUUAACCUCAUAUGUACAUUAUAUUUGUUAAUUUGUUUUACAUUUAUAUAUAAUGAGAAAUAUUUUUUAAGAAAUUCAUUUACAUAUAUAUAUAUCCCAAAAUACAUCUGUGUGCAUUCAUUAAUAUUAUGACUGAUCCGACUCCAUAGUUGAGGGCUACAGCUGUGCCAGGUGUGUUUUCAAGGGGAAUAGUUGCAAUUCUGUGCCAUUAAAUAUGUUUUCUUUUCCCUUAGCCAUCUAGAUGUUGUCUUACUCAUGCCUUGGCAUACUUUCUAAACUUUGACACAGUAGUGCACUCGGAGAUUUAAGCUGAUAGGGGAACUCAGAAAUCACUCAAAUCAAGGACAGAAAUACACAAAGUAUGACUCCAACACUGUGACUCUAAAGAACAUGUCAUCUCUGGUUACAAGGGUGUUUUUGCGAUGUUAAAUAUAGGCUGCCAUGCAUGUAUAUGGCGCAGAUUUAGUGAGCUUAAGUAAGAAGAUGGGUGAAUCAUUCGCCGAGGAUGCGUGCUGUACAAUGGCAUCACAUCAGUAUCUCCACUGUGCAAAGGGCAAAAAGUCAGAAAGCAUGUGCUAAUGACUGCAUGCACCCAGUUACUCUACAUACGUGUUUAUUAUUCAGCCUUAUCCUGUGUCUGCAGGGGCUGUGGACACUAAGAACAAAACUCGCCCUUAAAGUAGAACAAAACCUCUCCAGUAAGCAUUCUAGUCUAUUGCAGUGGUACAUUUGCUUCUGAAUACAUUGCAUUUAUUUUUUAAGAAGGGAUGCCUCCUGCACAGCAUUCAUUCAGUUGCUAAACAUUUUCCCAGAAUGAACUCAACUUGACCUAGUAUGUAUGACUAUUUGCACAAUGUUAAUUUAUAAUUGGUAAAUACUGUAUGUAUCUAUGUGUUUAUACAGGUGAUUUAUUUGAUUGCUCUCAAUAUAUUUCAUGGCAUGUCUGUGUGAGUGUGUAAAAGUAUAUUUUCAGGUUUGUAUGAAUGUGUGUAGUUUUAGUAUUCCAUAUUUGUGGAUUUUUUAAAGUAGGAUGAAUAAUUGUCAACCAUAAAUGCGAUGGGUUGAUAUAAACCAGUGCAGAAGUGAGAGGUCAUGAGUAAGUCCCACUACAGCAUAUACAAUAUCGCACCACAUGACAUUCCCAGAAGUCACGCCUAUAUAAGGCAUAAGGAAGACACAGCACUGUAUUUUAUUGUGAGAGCUCCUCAGUGUGAUUUUGUAGUUCAGAGCUAAAUUAGAGCCCACCAGCGACAUGUUUGUCGUUUAGAUAAUAGCUCUAUACAUUUACUCUUCAGCCAGGUGCUGGUGUUUUCGGUAUAAAGAAAUUGCAGGCUGAGGCUAUUUUUCAUCAGCGUCUGCUGAGGACUGCAAUAGAGCAGGUACAUAUCCAAUACUGAGAAUUAAGCAUAACACACACACUGGCACUGCUGUUGCUCAGAGGUGAAUUUGCAGUGUUUUUCUUGUUUUGCAGAGCAGGAAAAAUGUUUGUAUACUGACAUAGUAACAGAAGACUGUCGUGCACUUUGAGUAAAGUAGUAUUCAGAAGAGUAUAUUACUAUGGUCAAAGUUUAUUGCUAAUUUUAUUUCAAGUAAUACCUGUAUUUUAAACUGUGACCAUACCCAUGUAUGUUUUUUCAAGUCAGCAGCUUGGGUCACUCCACUUUCUGGACCAACGUGGUUCUGUCUGAAUGUAUUCUUAAAAAGGCCCAAAUCACUAUGUUCCUUUUAUUUUCUCUUAAAGGUGGUUAUGUACAGUACAUUGGCUGUGGGGGAGCUAAUGAGUAAAAAUUGACUGUGUUCAGGUGUACACAGUUCAUCAUAUAUUGUGUCUGCUUAUCAAACUUUGUCCAAAUAAUGAAAGAAUAAAUUACCAUGUAUGUCAAAGAAGA